CUGACCGUGUGUGCUGCGAGUGUGUGUUCACCUAGCAAGUCGAGCUGUGUGAGUGUGUGCAUCGUGGGGAGUUCUACCUGCCUGUGGGAGCGUCUCUGUGUUUUUCACCUGUCUGAGUACACCUUUGGACCUGCUCUCUCUCACAGUGGAGUCAUCUCAGCUGUGUCUGCUGGACUUUACCCUCGUAUCCGUCGACUGCACCGACCCGCAGCUCCCUGAACAUCAACUCACUGCCUGAAACGUUCCUGGUCAUCUGUGAUCUCAGCAGAGUUGUUAGUGUGUGUCAGUGUUCCUGUGUUUGUGUGUGUGUCCGUGUUCUUCUGUGACUGCCAGUGCUCCUGAGUGUGUGUCAGUGUUAUUGUGUGUGUGGGUGUGUGUGUGUGUGUGCGUCUGUGUGUGUCAGUGCUCCUGUGUGUGUGUUUACCCACCUGUGGGCAGGGCUGUGAAAGGCUGGUCAGGAUGAUGGAGGAGGUGUCCAUCGCUGUGGCAUACGACGCUCACAUUGUCGACCAGAUGUCCGAGGAGGAGAUCCUGGCCUGCCUGGUGGCCAAAUCUAAACCCAAACAGACAGCUCCGGUGAAGAAAGCCAAGUUGAGAGCCAGCCAGCACUGGCCACAGAAGGAGGAUCCCAUAGACAGAUACCUUAGGGAGAACCAUGAGCUGCAGCAGGCCAGUCUACGUCUGGAGCAGGAGAACGACAGUCUUGCUCACAGACUUGUAACCAGUAAGAUCUCCCUGAGGAACGCUCUGGACCAGACAGAGGACCAAGUGGAUGAGAUCGCUAAAGAGCUGUUUAAAAGCAGAAAGCUUCUGCAGGAGACACAGGGAGAGAAGAGAGCGAAGGAGGAGGAAGCUGCCAUGCUGAAAGAGGUGUUCCAGAGGGAGCUGGAGAAAGCACAGCUGGAGGUCAUGAGGUCAUCAGGCAUCAUCACAGACUACAAACAGAUCUGUUCUCGGCUGACCAGCCAGCUGGAGAAACAGCAGUGUGCUGAGAGAGUUGAGCUGGAUGCCCUGAAGAGUGCUGUGCAGGCUUGUUCUUGUUGUACCCAGCUCCUCAACACAGACAUCAGACCCACAUCAUCAGACGGCACCGGUUCCACAGACACACUUACCCUACCUACCUCUGGUACUGUGCCACCAGACCAGCACACAUACUCAGGCAAGAGGCUGGACAAGGAGAAGGAGUCUCUCAGAGCCCAGGUUCAAGAGCUGGAGAAGGAGCUGGUCCAGACCAAGCUACAGAUGGUGGAGGCCACUUGCAGGAUCCAGGAGCUGGAGCAUCAGAGAGGAGUCCUCACCAGUGACCUCCAGGCAUCUAAGAAAAACUGGUUCAAUAAGACUCUCACUACCCUGAGGACAGCUGGCGGGGGGCUGCAGGGAGGCAGCGUACCCUGGGACGGAGACCUUUCCCUGGAAAAGACUCUCAACAGAGGCCCCCUGUCUGCCUGGAGCUCCAGGAGCACCAGGAGAUCGUUACACUAACCCUAACCUCUGAUUGUGGAACACUGUUAACGCCUUGAGACCCACAGGGUUGCCGACAGCCCAUGGAUUUUUAAGGGUUUUUUGUUAGUUGUGACCAGUGUAUGUCCUGUGGUUUGAUUUACAAAACCUUUUGUGUGCACUAGGGGGCAGUCUCACGUUGGGUUGCCUGCAAUGAAGGCACACGUAGCCAGGUACUUUGAACUGAGCUACUAUGGUUUCCUCUGUCAAUAACAUUAUGUUUGUUAAGACAAAAGUAAUGCACCCAAUGUUUGCACAGUAAAAAACAUCUAUAAGUGAAGGAAAAAUGUAUGUACAGUAUGUACUAUAUAGUAUAUUUACUUGAUGUAAAUAAAUAGGUUAAAAUCAC